AUGGAAAUCCCUUCUCUAGAUGAGUUCAUGCAUUUGCGUGUUCUAGACUUUGGUGGAUGUCGUCAAUUGGAAAACCAUCAUCUAGUAAAUAUAGGGAGGUUGUUUCAUUUAAAGUACUUGAACCUCAGGCACCUUGGGGUAAGUGAGCUUCAAGAACAAAUCAAGCAUCUACAAUACCUUGAGAUGUUGGACCUAAGAGACACCAAUGUACGUGAAUUGCCGAGAGCAAUUGCUAAUCUCAGUAGCUUGGUGCAUCUACUUGUUGACAGUGGUGUCACAUUUCCUGAUGGAGUUUUGAAAAUGCAAGCAUUGGAGAUAUUGAAACAGGUCGAAGCCCUCGGUCAGUCUUUGAACUUUCUCCAAGAACUCGGGCAGCUGAAGAAUCUGAGGAAGAUAUACCUUGAUCUGUUUGAUGUUCCAGUAAUUGGGGUUACCAAGGAGUGCUGCAAGAGUUUCAUUGGCUACAAAUCUCUCCGCAACUUGGGCACGCAGAACCCCCGUUCUGUAACUGUCUGGCAUGGCAGCGGCUUCUUACUGGAACCGUGGUACCCUGCCCCGCGUAGCCUCGAGAAGCUAAUUACUUGGCGUUCAGCAGUUCCUUGUGUUCCAGAGUGGGUGGGUUCCCUCGUCAACCUGCAGAAGUUACGCCUUGAAGUGGAGAGUCUUGGGCAACAAGAUCUGUGUAUACUUGGAGCCUUACCUGUUCUUCUCACUCUGGAUCUCGAAAAAACAACAAAAUCAUCAGAAGGCAAGCUCAAUGUCAGUGGAGGAGAUGGGUUCCGAUUCCUGAGGAACUUGCGUUAUAAUAUGAUGCUAAUGUUUGCACAAGGAUCUAUGCCCAAGCUUGAAAGGAUCAAGAUUUAUCUAGCCAAAACAGAGUCUCUCAUUGGUGACACCUAUGACUUCGGGUUGGAGAAUCUCCCCUGCCUCAUAUAUGUUGAAUGCAGAGUGAGUGGCAACGCAAGCGCUCAAGGUGGUGUUGAGGCUGCAAAGGCUGCCAUGGAGAGAGCAGCUAUGGCAAAUCCCAACCAUCCUAAACUACUCUUUGUGAAUCGCAGUCUACCAGCAAAGUUGCAUAAUGGAUGCUAA